AUGGAAAAUAAUUUUUAUAGAAAAGGUACUAAUAAUUUCGAAGAGGAUAAUUUGGAAGCAUCUGUUUGGGAUGAUGUUAGAGGGGAUAAUAGCAGCAGUAAUGAUAGUCAUGACGUGACUACAAAUAAUAAUAAUAGUUUUAUUGAAGAUGAAAUUGGCGAGGAUAAUGCAAUAAAUGAAUUAAGUCAAACUUUUGCUAAUAUUAAUAUCUUAGGAACAGGUAUUGGCUCCCCUAAAGUGGAGCCAGUACUAUAUGAAAAUACAUAUCAGGCAUCUUCAUUUACAGAUCAGUCAAAUAUUUUCCAAUUGCCUUCAAAGCAGGAAUCAAGCCAUGCUGAUGGCGAGGAAACAGAAGACAUAUCAACUAAUCAUGAGUUAUUAUUAGAUAAAUUGGCACCACAAGAGGAUACUGAUUUCUCGAAGUUUCAUAACUCUGGGAUUGAUCAUAUUACAGAUGUACCAAAAGGUAAUGCGGAUCCAUUAUUUUCUGGUGAGAUGUUUGCCUCGCCACUUCCAAUAGAUACCAAUAUUCUCAACGACUCCAAUGAAACAACCAAAAAAAAGGACGCCUCAAAUACCCAGCUGAAUCGACUUUUUAGUGUUAAAAAACUGCGUAGAAGACCAGUUCCUGCAUCAUCAGUAGAAACUGAUCCAUUACAUAAGGCUCAAUUAGAUAACCAUUCAUCUAAACAGAAAAAUGAAAAAAGUAACCUGAUAACUCAGCCAACAAUAUCAGAUAAAAACAGCAUUAUUGAUUUUGAUUAUGAUAAUGAUAUUGAUAUUUUAAGAAAGAUGAAUUCACCAUUGUAUACACUUUCUUCUGAAAAAAAUUCAAUAAAUAAGAAUGACGAGGAAAUUAAGGUAGCUGAACCAAUGGAAGUACAAGAAGAUUCAAAUAAUAACAGUAAUAUUGAAAUUAUAAAGUCAGAUGAGCCUUCUAAUGCAAAUAAUAAUUUAUUAACAUUUAAAAUAGAAGUUAAGGAUCCAAUUAAAGUGGAUGAGCUAGCAGCAUCACAUAUUGAAUACUCUGUUAAUACUACACUUGUGUCUCCACAAACCAUGUCUUCUGAUUCCAUUUUACCUUCAGGAGAAUCUCAAGUUCGUCGGAGAUAUAGAGAUUUUAGAUGGCUUUAUCGCCAAUUACAAAAUAAUCACUGGGGUAAGAUCAUACCUCCUCCGCCAGAAAAGCAAGCUGUUGGUAGAUUCAAAGAUGAUUUUAUUGAAAAUAGAAGGUUUCAAAUGGAAUCGAUGUUAAAUAGAAUAGCAAGAGAUCCAGUUUUACAAAGAGAUGCUGAUUUUAUAUUUUUCCUAUCAAGUGAAUCAUUUAAUAAAGACUCUAAAAUCAGAGAAUAUAUUAGUGGUUCUGCUGCUUAUAACGAUAACAACGAUUUAUCAGAAAUCCAUAUAAGUGAAAUAAAAUUACUGGGACCUGAUGAUGCUGCCAUAGUAUUAAAAAAUGGUGGGUUAGAUACUGAAAAUACAAGAGGAUUUAUGAAUUUUUCAUUUUCUUCUCCACCGAAGUAUAUAGAACAAGAUCAAAUUUUUAUUCAAGAAUAUGAUAAUUUGAAUCAAUUAGAAUCCCAAUUGAAACAAAUAUAUCAAUCCUUAGAUUUGAUCGAUAGUCAAAGAAACGAAUUAGCAUUAACUAUAGAAGAGUUCGCUAAAAUCGUUAAAAAUUUGGCAAAACUUGAAGUUACCAGACAGAGCACCGAAUUAUUGUCCAAUUUUUCAGAAGUCCAAUCCAAGAUUAAAUCGAUAUUAGAAAGAAAUUCAUUACAGGAUGCUUUAACACUCAUUGCUAUGGUAGAUGAAUAUAUACGUUCAUUAGCUAGUGUUAGAGCUACUUUUAAACAAAGAAGAAAGAUUGGUUAUUACUUAGGUAUAGUAGAGAAUGAUUUAAAGAAAAAGUUAGUACAGUUUAAUAAACAGACAAAUAAUAUUCAACAAGACAUUAAAGGUAAUGAAAAACUCCUGAAGUUAAAAAAUGAAUGCGAUAUACUACAAGCACGUCGUGAUAAAAUAGCAAAAUGGUUUGGUGAUGUUACCACUACAAUCAGAAAUGAAUUGAAUUCGUAUAAUAAGACAAGAAUAAAUGAAUUUAGAAGUAGUAUUGAAAUAUCGCUGGAAGGCGCAAUUGAAUCUCAAAAGGAGUGUAUUGAAUUAUGGGAAACUUUUUUUCAAACAAACCUAUAA